AUGGUUCAGGAACCAAGUCUUGGCGACCCCGGACAGAUAGAAGGCAAUGUUAUUCAGCUUGCUGUUGUCAUCCCGCCUGUUGUGACGGCAGACGCGGUCGAAUUCGUCGAGCCAAUCAUCAAUAUCCUGGCCGUCGAUGCCGUUGAAUGCGUGAAGCCAUACAAGUGCGAUGUCUGCCUUGCAGAGUUCAGCAAGAAGUGGAACCUACAGCACCACAAGCAGACGCACACAGGUGAGAAGACAUACAAGUGCGAUGUCUGCCUUGCGGAGUUGAGCAAGGGGAACCUGCAGCACCACAAGCGGACGUACACAGGUGAGAAGCCAUACAAAUGUGAUGUCUGCCUUGCAGAGUUCAGCAAGAAGUGGAACCUACAGCACCACAAGCGGACGCACAUAGGUGAGAAACCAUACAAGUGCAAUUUCUGCCCUGCAGAGUUCAGGCGGAGCCGGGCCCUACUGCAUCACAAGCGGACACACACGGGAGAGAAGCCAUACAAGUGUCAUGUCUGCCCUGCAAAGUUCAGGCAGAGCCAGGCCUUACAGCAGCACAAGCGAACACACACGGGCGAGAAGCCAUACAGGUGUGAUCUCUGUCCUGCAGAAUUCACCCAGAGUGCAGGUGUACAGCGUCAUAAGAGGAUGCACACAGGUGAGAAGCCAUACAAGUGUGAUGUCUGCCCCGCAGAGUUCAGCCGACACGGGUACCUACGGGUUCAUAAGCGGACACACACAGGCGAGAAGCCAUACAAAUGUGAUGUCUGCCUUGCGGAGUUCAGCCAGAAGGGAAACCUACAGCACCACAAGAGGAUGCACACAGGCGAGAAGCUGUACAAAUGUGAUGCCUGCUCCGCAGAGUUCAGGGAGACCAG